AUACAGGACGUAGACAGACGACGGUGAAGACUGCAAGCAUAAGGAUGACCGUCCACAUGAAGAAGAACAUCUAUCACCCAGACCUGCAUGGAGAGACGAGACCGAGUGUGUGAGACAUCGAAUCAAGGAACACAGUGUGUACUUUCAACCACUAUUAGAAGGUUACCGAAGCAGCGAUGGAUGACGACACCGCAACGCAGGAAACGUCACUGGCUGAUCCAGCUCUGACAUUACCGGCCGACGCCAGAGUCAUCGUAGACCGAAAGGCGCUCACAACCGACGCUAUUGCUGUGUCGGAAUCAGAGCCACAGAACGCUACUUCGUUCGGUGACAGAGUCGCAAAAGCGUGCCAGUCUGCGUUCCUCGGCGUCCCGUCGUUCCUGCUGGGACUCUUUCCGUGCAUAGCAUGGAUCAGAAGCUACAACCUCCGUAUGUUCCUUCUGCCCGACGUCCUCGCCGGGCUUUCAGUCGCUGUUCUUCACGUACCACAAGGUCUAGUGUCCGCCAUUAUAGCCGGAGUAGAUCCAGUUUUGGGCCUGUACAGUUCACUCUAUCCCGCAAUUAUCUACGUUAUUAUGGGCAGUUCACCUUAUGUAUCGAUGGGCAUGUUUCCUGUAACAGCACUCAUGACAGGAGUGGUGGUCCAAAAAUACGGCAUUGUCUCGGAGAACGCGACGGCCUCAGACGGUGCUGAAGCCCAGCUAUACACUGAACAAUCGGGGACUGAAGUGGCCAUUACACUUACAUUAAUGAGUGGCAUCAUUCAGGUAGCCUUGUGGCUGUUUCGGUUGGACCGGUUGGCAGCCAUCAUAUCUCCCGUAAUGGCCGAGGGAUUUCUGACAGGCUGUGCAAUCAUGGUCAUUGUCAGUCAGCUACCGUCCGUUUUCGGAAGCGGCGUCCAAUCGAGCAAAGGCCUUUUUGAUACUCCACUGACUGUCUACUACGUGGCGAAGAGUAUUCCACACAGCAACUUCGCCACGGCACUACUCUCUCUGGCCGCAUUUCUUGUACUCGUCGUCUCCAAGGGAAUCAUCGCUCGCCAGAUGAGACGCUUCACAGCGGUCCCCUUGCCAUCGGACCUAAUUUUGGUCGCUGUUGCAACAGCGACUUCUCAUUUCCUCGAGCUGGACACCAAACACGACGUGAAAGUGGUUGGACAUAUUGCCUCAGGUUUUCCUAAGCCAACAGCGCCAACCUUCGACCGCUGGGCAUCGCUGUUACCCGACGCUGCGGCAAUCGCCAUCGUACAGUUUGUGUCCGCAUUCUCGAUAGCCGAAAUGUUCGGCCGAAAGCAACGCCUGAAGACUGACGCAAGUCAGGAGAUGCUAGCUUACGGCAUGAGCAGCGUCGUUGGUUCCUUCUUCAUGUGCUUACCCACAGGCUCGGCCCUCGCCAGAUCUGUAGUUCUCAAGGACGUCGGUGCCAAGACUCAGGUGUCUGGCAUCGUCUCAUGCGCGUUCGUGGCUGUGACGCUCUAUGCAUUUGCACCAAUUUUUCGGCCCCUGCCAGAGUGUGUCCUUGGUGUGGUAAUUAUAGUAGUCCUUCUUCCAAUGUUGACCAAGCUGGGACAUUUACCAAAGCUUUGGGUCAUCAGCCGGUGUGAUUUUGCCCUGUGGUCGCUGAGCUUCCUGAGUGUGGUUUUACUGAACGCCACUUACGGACUCUUGGCCGGAAUCCUCCUUGGUCUCCUGGUAAUCUUCCUGGAGUUAAACGGGCACAUGGGGUCUCAUCUUCAGCCUUACAAGCCUGACGUCUUCGUGCCUUCGAAAUUGAUCUCACGGGGAGACACUUUGAAAAUCUAUCGUUUUGGUGGUGCUCUCUGCUUCGCAACACAUCAUAACAUCAUCGCUGAUUUCGAGGAACUCUUCAAGGACAUGAAGCCUGCUCAAAGCAAGGUGACAAAGAGGCUCCACGACAUUGAAGCCGACAGCGAAGCGGUGACCACAAGGACGGUAGUGAUGGAUUGUUCCGCCAUAAGUUUCAUUGACUCUGCUGGUGUUGAGGCACUCAAUCACGUUUUGGACAUCUGUCAACAAAAGAAGUGCAUCCUGUAUUUCGCUUCCCUACAAGAUUCAACGCAGCGCACCAUCAAGACACAAAAAGCCCUGCUGGAGAAAAUUGGAGUCGACCACAUCACGCCUACGAUUCAAGAUGCUGUAGCGUUGGCUAAUUACGAGCUACCUCCAAGACUACUUGGUAGUCAGUUGCGAACGUAUCUUUGACCGUAGGCCAACCUUGUGUCGAUUGUUUGAGCACCAGAACAAGUUCAAAUGAAUAAAUGUUGCCACAA